AUGUGGCCCAACACCAAAUACGCGUUGCUGGACGAGAGAGACAUCUGCCUGGUACAACAGUUCGCCUUCGAGGCCCGUCGAGAAUCGACCGCGAUGGCAACGGGCGCAAUCUACGCCUGGGCCUACGACAUCACGCGGGGAAGAAGCUCGGGGCAGUACGUCCACGACCUCCUCUGGGAAACACAUAGAGGAGGGAUAGCAUCUGGUUGGAAAGUUGUCCAUUUAAAUAAUGUAACAGUAGAUAAUAGACUGGAAAAUCUAGCUUUAGUGCCUGUCGGAGCCAAGCGACCGGUUUCUGCACAGACCUCAACUCCCCGCGAUCAGUCGUUAUACUGGGUAGCUAUUCAGCAGUUACCGGCAGAUCCAGUAGAAGAGCAAUAUGGUGAUUUUGUAGUAACCCGAUACUUCAAUGCCAAUGGUGAAAUAGUAGAAGAGGAGGAUGACUGUUAUUAUGAAUGUCGAUAUCCUCCAUGUACGAACAUUGAGAAAGAACUUCGUGAAUUUUCAAUUUGUGGUCGUUGUCAAGAAGCUAGAUACUGUGGAACUUAUUGCCAGCAGAAAGACUGGCCUGUUCACAAGAAGCUUUGUCGAGAAAAACGGCGACCCUGCCUCACAGAGAGACCCCCAGAGCGCUAACGUCCGCCCAAACUAGUCACAGAUCUGGGGCAGACACCCAAGCUUCUCGAUACUGGAGGAAAUUGUGAUGUUUUGCAAACUCUCAAAAAGUGAUAUUUUUGUUUUCCUGCGAAGGAAGUUCUGAGCAGCCGGUCCUCUUGCUUUUUUCUUUUUUUUUUAAAUUAUUUUUUAAUACUCAUAUCAAACGAUAGCAUUUGUUAUCACAAUACUAAGUAAAUAUUAUUACCUUCAUUUACAUAUUCCAAAUAUUUUGUUAUUUAUGGCAUAAGUAAAAAAAAUGAUGGCAACAUGUAUGUUGUGCAUUUUAAACAUAUAUAAUAAGGGUUGUGGAGAAAUUUACCUUCAAAUUCAUACAUGCUGUUAAUGCAUCUCUACUCUAAGUGUAGGAAUUUUUUUCAAGAAAUGAAUUUUUUUAGUCCUCUUUUCCUUGGUAUUACAAGGGGUGGACAGGAACUUCUUCAUUGGAGAACCAUAUACUAAAAUGUUAAUGCAUCUCUACUCUAAGUGUAGGAUUUUUUUUUUCAAGAAAUGAAUUUUUUUAGUCCUCUUUUCCUUGGUAUUACAAGGGGUGGACAGGAACUUCUUCAUUAGAGAACCAUAUACUAAAAUGUUUUGGGGGUAACAUGCUGAGCUAACAAAUGAUGAAAAAAGUGUCGGACAUCUUAAUAUUUUCAAAGUUAUAGUACCUCCAGUAUGGUGAGGUUGGGAGUCUGCUGGCAAAUUAUUUGAUGAAUUUUGAUAGUGAGCAAGUGAAGUUUGACAGUGAGUAAGAAUGAAUCUUUAGAUAGGUGUUGGCGUAAGAAAAUUUGUGAGGUUGAAUCAAGUAUAAAAAUACUCUUUCAGUAGAGUUUUGUUGCUUACAUUAGAAAUUGUCUAUAAUUGGUUAGCUACACAAAAGACUUUUGUUCAGUUCUUUUUUUAAGAUCAAUAAGAUUCUUAUCUAAAAAGAUUGAAGUGAAAAGGGAAAAAGUAUAUAGUUUUAGUAUGAUUCUUCAAGCAUUCCAGAGGCAUGAGAAAAUUGAAUUGAUGAAUAAAAUUAAUUGAUUGUGAGACAACAGUGAGGAAGGCAACAUAAAGACUCUAGCAAUAUUGUUAUGGACAUCAUAAGGAAGUUCGAACAUGCAAAUUGCAAGUUCUGCAAUAGUAUAUAUAUAUUUAUUUCUCAAAAUCUUUAUAAUUGUUGAAGUUUUUGUUGAUGAUAUAUGGUGUAGCCCAUGGAAUUUUAGAUGCUUCUCUUGUAAAGCAAUGUAUAUGUAUAUCUAGUCGAGAGAUUGCUGUAUAUCAAUUUAAAUAGCUCUGGCUCUGUUUAUUAUUAUUAUGAUUAUUAUUAGUAGUAGUAUUAGUAUUAGUAUCAUUAUUAUUAUUCAUUCAUUAUUAUUAUUAUUAUAUUUUAUGUUUUAGCUUAAAUUUCAAGGGCAACUUUAAAAAAUUUAUUUUCAGGUAAUCCUCAACUAACAUACACUGUUAGUUAUGACAAUUAAGUUUAGUGGAUGUAAGGAAACUUUGUGAUGUCUAUCAGCAAUGUAUGCUUGAGCACACUAUUAUGAAUAAAUGAUGAUUAUUCUUAGAAGAAGAAAGACAUAUUCAAAAUAUUUUGAGGCAAAAACAAAAGAAAAAGAAAGAUUUUUCAACCAAUCUUUGGCGCUAUGUAUUGUACAAAAGUAUUGGCAUGUUUACUUACAGAUAUGUAACUACUGAAUAUGACAUGUUGCUUACUAACAGUCUGAUGCAGGUUGAUGUUGUAUGCUAAUCUAGUACUGACCUGCACUUACAGUGGGUUACAUCUCAUCAUGGGGAAAAAAAGUAAAUUGGUGUAACAGAGUGCAGUGCUUGCUCAACUUCUCAUUCCAUAAGAGCUGUAUGUAAUGGUUUUGAAAAAGUUUUUUUUUUAUUGAUUAUUGUUGCAAUAUAUAUAUUUUUUUUCCAAGUGGGCACAGGUGAUGUAAUAUCAAGUUUUGUUAGAUGUACAAAGGUCAUGAUCCAGUGUCCUGUAUGGGAGUGGUAUUUAUUACAGCUUGAGUCUAUUUAUUCCAGUAAUUUUAGUAUUUUUUCUUAAUAGUAUUAGAGUUUAUGAUCCAUUUAAUUAUUACACCCUUGGUACCUUGUGGCUCAGCCUCAUCUCAAUUUUGUUUACCUGUGAAAAAUCUUGUCAUAAGACAGUGACUUUCCUUAGAAUAUGUAAUUUUUCACUAUAUUUAUAAACAUACAGGCAAGCAGGGCAAACUGACAAAGAUACUGGCAAGACCACAGACUUUUAUACAUAGGUAAAUACACAUGGGUGUAGGGAAAUAUUUUUAGAUAUGAAAAGAAAUAGGUAUUUAUGUACCCUUGAAUCUGCCACUCACAAAAGUAGUUAGUACCAGAGAGCACAAAACCAAACCAGUACACCAUACUACCCAACAAAAAGUUUAUCGAACCAAAAUCUAGACUAGCUUCAUGGACAUUACCUAUCUAGAUUCUGAUUAGACAACUUUUUUUUUUACUGGGUUGUAUGGUGCUUUGGUUUGGUUCUGCUCUCUGCGGUGCUUACCACCUUGUGACAAGCAUACAGGUAACAGGUUCGAGUCAUUGUCUGGGAGGGUAUAUAAGUAACAUAUAAAAUGGGAUAUGGCAUUCUUCCAUCUUACACAGAAAUAUCUUUGUAGACAGACACACACGUGAAUUACCAGUAUAUGCAAACCUGCCAAACAUUAUUCUUAAACUGAAGUUUGCUUGUUUUUCUGUAUGUAUGUAUAUAUGUAUCUAGAAUUUCUAAAAGGAAAGGUAUUAGUAGAAAAUGUAAUAAACACCAUUACGAGUUUUGACAUGCUUUACACAUCUGUCCAGGUGAAGUAGAGAAGACAAGAGUCUCAUGGUCAAUAACAGUUCCACAGGGUUGCACCAGGGACCACUCCAUGAGUUUUGGGUGAAGAGUGCUGAAUUUUCUCUGUUUCAUUACUUACCUUUAUAAUAUGGUUGCUCACCUCUUUACCACAAGGCUUGAGCAUACAUGGCGAUGACUGUGGUGCAGCUCUAGGAAUUUGUAGGAAGUAAAAGACAAGUGAUGUCAUAGGAUGAGGUCUGAUAGACACUGUUGUAUGUGUUUUUGACAUAUCACUUUAAUUAUUAAGUGACAACUAACCCAAGUUCCUUGUUUAGUGUUUUUCUAAUCUGUUCCAUAAUAUAUAUUUUUUUCAUGGCUUUCUUAUUAAUUUUUAAAAGUGUUUGUACACGUAAUUAAUUUGUCCAAAAGGUUUUUAAUCUGUAAUCUUUCAUCAUUUGCUAUUUCAUUCUUCAUGUGAAUGCAUUUUUCUUAGACUAUGAAAACAUUUCUGGAUACUAAUAUUGCUUUAUACGACUACAGACUUUCUCUCCCUGUUCUUGUGUUCUUUUUAACAAUACUGAAAUGAGGCUUUCUUAAUAAUGACAAGACAAUAGAGUAAGAUUAUGGGCAUGACAUGUACUUUUUAAUGGUAGUUUGAUUUAGCUUUAACACUGGAGACAUUCUAGAGGGCCUGGAAUUGAAAAGGGAAUAGACUUGACAUGUAUUGUAGACUUGGAGAGGAAAGAGAAAAAGGCCAUUGAAAAAAGAAAUCUUUAAGGAGUUUGUUAUGUGGGGUUUAUGUUGAUCUGUCCAUUGAGAGGGUCUAAAAGAUGUAACAUAAAAUUUGGUGAUUCCUAUUAGUUGAGUUAAUUUCACAUUCAUAUAUUGUUUAGUCAACUAACUUAGAUUGUUGAUAGUGUAAUUUGUAUGAUGAUAUCUUCAGUCUGAUACAGAUACCAUAUCAUGACAAGUAAUGUUACCAAAAAAUAUGAAGAAAAAAAAAUCAAAUAUUUCUUUAAGUAUUUAAGCAUGAUGAUUAACUCUCUGGAAUCCAAAAAUCUAUGUUAUCAUUAUGUUUUGGCAUUUCUUUGGAAGUAAGAAAGCCCUUUAGCAUUCAGAAUUCAUAUUGCUGUCCAGUGUUGCAUUCAUGUUCUUAACUUUUGUUCCUUUUAUACAGUAUUUAUUUAGCAUUAAAUAAUUACACAUGAAGUAACUAACAUAGGCAGUAGCUUUUUUUGUAAGUUCAGACCACUAAUUGAACCAUUAAAGAACUGACAUGCUAACAGAAAAUCCUCAAGCCUAAUUUAGUUUUCACAGAGCUAUACUAACAUAGCUUUGUGAUAAUUAAUGCAUAACUGUCAUUUUAGAAUGCAAAAAAAGGACCAGAUGCUAAAAAAAAAAAUCAGAUAUAUGAAUACUUGGUAUGAUGUCAUGAGAACCACUCUCUUGAAUACCUGUCACAGAUCAACAAACAUGUUACAUUUGAGAUUGUGAUGUUCCAUCAGCCAUGUGUAAUUAACAAUCUGUAUUGUAUAAAGGCAGGGUGUAUCAAUAUUUUUUGUGUAGAAUUCAUUUGAGCAGCUAUUUUUACUUGAUGAUCUCAUACUAACACUAGCAUGCUGGUUACUAGCCUAAGCUGUUAAUGUUUUUUCUCCCUCUCUUGGAUAAUACUUCAUGGAUUAGCUCUUAGUGGUAUUUGGUCCAAAUUUGGUGAUGGUGUCCUUGCUUCAUACAUUUGGCGUUUAUUUAUUCAAAAUUGAGAGGAUAAGCUAUAUCCAAAACGAGCAUGGGACACCUCCAAAUUUUCCCAAAGCCCAAAGACAGGACUGAAGUAUUUGUGAUUUUUGAAAGUAGCUGCUCAAGUGAGCAUAUUAACGGAGAGUAACUAGGAGAGUAUAUCAGUAAUUGCCUCACUUGCACAAUGUCACCAAGAAUACCAUUUGCCUUUUUUUGUGGUAAUUUUGAGAAUUUUCCACCGAAUGUAGGCUAAGAAAUAAUGUGUUUAAAUAUUCAGUUGUGAAAGGAAAGUAAAUAAUAUUUGUUAAAUGGUGUAGGGCAUUUAACAAGUUGGGUUUGUGAACAUGAAUUUUUUUCAGUUUCAUUUCAUUUUAUUUCAUGAGGAUUCAGAUUUUAAAUAUGAUUUAAUUUUUAUUGUUUUGAUGUGAGUUACAAUUGCUUGAUUUCUCUGGGAAUGACUUUUCUUGCAUUUCACUUACAUAAAGCACCCUACCCUCAGGCUUUCCACAGUCUGACUUCAUAACUCACUCGGCCAUUUCAGGCUUGUGCCCAGAACUGAACUCGGUAAUGAAUGUUUU